AUGUCCAUGGACAGCAGAAAGAGGCCGGCAGGUUCCUCCAGCUCUGGGAGCUUUGCUUUCUGGUCCUCCUCAUUCCGAAGGCAACCAGCCAGGGUCCUGAUUGUUGAAGCACUGCCACCGUGGUGGUCGGAGACAUCUACGGUGUUCUGUGAUGCUCUGGAUAACUUCUUCUCCCUUGCCUGUAAUCUGGAUGGACCCUGCAGGAUACCGCUACUCAGCCUGUACGCCAUCAGCAGGCAGCAGGAAUGUCUCCUGCCAUUUGUGCAGGUCCGUGGUAACUUGGCCAGGCUGCAUUCAUGUGUGGAGGAGCUGAGGUCUAUUCCAGGUGAGGGCUGCAUCAGGGGAGCAGCCAGAGGAGGUGAGCUGCUGCGACAGGCUGUGCUGGACAGUCUGCAGCAGUUUAAACAGUACAUCAGGCACACCAGUAAUGGAAACCAGCCCAGCCACAACACAUCUGUGGAGGUUACCGUGGUGACCAGCCAGCCAGGGCAGGGAAUCGUCUGCCAGUGUGAGAAAGGGCUCAAAGACGCUGACCUGGGGUCACUCAAGCGACUUCUGGUCGUGCAAGUCUACAGUGGAGGAGACUGGGGACAGGAAGCUCCCUCUCCUGACGUCACGUACACUGAGAGUGAAGAGUGUCUGAUGUUGGGGACGGAGAUCGAGCUGCAGCGAGUGGAAAACAGCGUAUUCGCCGUGGAGAGUGUGUUGAAAUCAUGGCUUCAAGAGCAGGGAGGUGACAGAGAGCACCUCCACCUCCUGCUGCCGAGCCCCACGGACAGUCCCAUCCCAGUGUGUGUGAAGUGUGACAUGCAGGAGCGUCUGAUCAGCCCCGCACUCAUCCCCCUGACCCCCAACCUGGGAGUAAAGACUGAGAGCGUCCGGGACUUCCUGCCUGUCGCCAAGGGCUCAGCCAAUCAGAGCUCACCACCACAGAGACUGAAAGUAAUCAAGGUUCUGCGUGCAGAGGGAGUGUGUGAGAGUGUGCUGUACGGCCUGCCAUUGGUGAUCCGUCCCACCACCUGCUGGCAGCUGGACUGGGAAGAAAUGGAGGCCAACCACAACUUGUUCCACGCUCUCUGCCACACACUCAGGAGUCGUGACUUAUUCCUGCUGCUGCAAGUGGAGCCUGUCCAAAGGUCGACAGCCGAAAGCUCAGGUGUGUAUUCUCACUACGUCCUCCAGUCGUCCCUGUCUCUCACCCUCCUUCUGAAGCCUGUGGCCUCCAGAGAGUUGCUGCUGCCCUGCCAUCAGCCUAUCCCAACUCAGGACCCUGCACCUGAUGCCAUGCAGACAGUUCAGAGUUGUCUCACUCAGCUGGACGAGGAGUUUGUGUUCAACCCCCUCUCUCUGAGCAGUAACCUCUACCAGCAUCUCAAGAGCAGAGGCCUGCUCUCACAGCAACGCUACCCAUACAGGCUCCAACCAGCAGCUGUCCUCAGAGACCAGUCUCAACCAGCAGAGGGCAGUAGGGCCACAGCCGGCAGACAGCCUCGGCAGCCACAAAACCAGAGUCGCCAACUGGGAUCAAGCAGCAGGGUCAGAGCCACCGUGGCUCCUAUGCCUUCAUCCUCCCUCCACACCUCCUCCUCCUUCUCCAUUUCCUCCGCCCUGGGGCCUCCGUCUGCAAAGGCCUCCCGCCUGGCGCUGACGCUCCUCAGCAGCAGCAGCGGUGGAAGGGGGGGCCCUGCUCCAUCCCAACAGGAGGAAGACAAUGAUGACUCCAUGAUAAUAUAG